GUGCACCACAAAUAGUGACCAAAAUAUAGUGACAUUAUGGUAAACUUUUGAAACUACUAGGCAGAUUGCAGGGGCUAAAAUAACCAACGCAGCUCAGUAAGUCUGUUUCUUAAAGGUCCGCUCUACCUAAGUUUGCACAAAAUCAGAAGCCCGAAGAGUCGAGAAGGGCUGAGGCCUGGCCUCAAGAUAUCUAGGCUAACCAGAACCUGGUCAUUGAUGAGUAGGCUUAGCUGGAAACCCAAAACAGCAGGCUUACUAUGGACUGAUUUCACUCGCUCUCCCCAGAGAGCCUGCCCUUUAUUCUGCUCCUAAUUGCAGAACGUGCAUAUUCUUGCGAAGAAACUAUGUUAUACAUGUCCAAUUAUACUUUCACAUGAAACCAUUUCUAUUUCUUUCUUCUCCAAAAUCUUUAGUCCUUAAGUUACUGUCUUCAACAACUUUCAAGCACCAAAUUGUCUUGUAUCACAAUUCUGUUAAGCCAUUCUCAUCAACCAAAACAACCAGAUGGAACUCAACGACCAAUGUCAUUGUCACGCACCCAGUUCUGUUGAUAAUGGAGUCAUGCACUUGCAUGAUUCAAUUAAAGCAAAUCCAAGCCCACAUGAUCAUAACAGGUCUCAUUACUCACACAUUCCCUGUAAGCCGUGUGUUAGCCUUUUGUGCUCUGGCUGACACUGGAGAUAUAAGGCAUGCCCAUUUAUUAUUUAAUCAGAUUGAAUACCCAAAUACUUAUAUAUGGAAUACAAUGAUCAGAGGUUUCUCUAAUGCCAAAAUGCCUGUUAUGGGGCUCUCCUUCUUUUGGCAAAUGGUUCGAGAACGUGUUGAAAUGGACACUAGGAGCUUUGUUUUCGCGCUAAAAGCGUCCGAGCAGUUUUUAACAGCCCUAGAAGGGGAAUCAAUUCAUUGUGCAAUUUGGAAAAUAGGUUUUCCUUGUGCUUUGUUAGUUCAAAAUGGGUUGAUUCAUUUUUAUAGUGUGCAUGGUUGUUUGGUUUUAGCUCGUAAAGUGUUUGAUGAAACUCCUGCGAGGGAUGUUGUUUCUUGGACUUCAAUGAUUGAUGGUUAUUCUACGCAUGAUUAUUAUACUGACGCUUUGAAGCUUUUUGAUUCCAUGUUGUUGAGUGAUGUUGAGCCAAAUGAAGUUACUAUGAUCUCUGUGCUUUCAGCUUGCUCUCAGAAAGGGGAUUUGAGUUUGGGGAAAAGUAUCCAUGAAUAUGUAAGAAGAAAGAAUUUGAAUCUUAGCGUGAACUUGAUGAAUGCAAUUUUGGAUAUGUAUGUGAAAUGUGGUUGCUUGGUGGCUGCUAGAGAGAUUUUCGACAGCAUGGGAACUAAAGAUGUGUUCUCGUGGACUAGCAUGGUUAACGGGUAUGCUAAAACUGGGGAACUAGAGAUAGCAAGAAAAUUUUUUGAUGACAUGCCAAAGAGAAAUGUGGUUUCUUGGAAUGCCAUGAUUGCCGGUUACUCUCAGAAUAAUCAACCAAAAAAAGCUAUAGUAUUGUUUCAUCAUAUGGUGGGAGAAGGUUUGAUCCCAAUUGAGAAUACAUUGGUGUGCGUGCUCUCUGCUUGUGGUCAGUUGGGGUAUUUGGACUUGGGUCGGUUGAUUCAUAUGUACCACAUUGAGAGAAAACAGAAAGGAACUAGUGUGAUUAUAGCAAAUGCAUUGAUAGACAUGUAUGCUAAAUGUGGAGUAAUAGAUGCUGCUGCUAGAGUUUUUAACGGAAUGCCAGGGAGAGAUUUGGUCUCUUGGAAUUCUAUGAUUGCUGCUUGUGCUAGUCACGGGCAUGCCAAGCAAGCUCUUCUUAUGUUUGGGCAAAUGAUACAUGAGGGUUUUAAGCCAGAUGAUAUUACAUUUGUGGGUGUCUUGUCAGCUUGCGAUCAUGGUGGGCUAGUUACUAAAGGCAGAGAAUAUUUCCAAGAGAUGGAAGGAAAAUUUGGUAUCAAGCCCAAGGCAGAACACUAUGCUUGUAUGAUUGAUUUACUUGGUCGAGUUGGACUCCUACAAGAAGCUUCUGCCUUAAUAACCGAGAUGCCAAUGAAGCCAAAUGUGGCUGCUUGGGGUGCUCUUCUUAAUGCAUGUAAGAUGCAUGGAAAUGUCGAACUAGCUGAAAUUGCUGCUAGGGAACUUUUAGACUUGGAUCCUGGGGAUAGUGGCAUAUACGUUUCCUUAGCAAUAACUUGCGCCAAUGGUAAAAGGUGGGGCGAUGUAAGGAUGAUCAGAAGCAUGAUGAGGGAGAGGCAGGUUAAGAAGAUUCCUGGCCAUAGCUUGAUAGAGGUUGAGGGCCAAUUUCAUGAAUUUUUGGCCAGUGACAAGUCACACCCGCUAUCUGAAGAUAUUUACAAAACAUUACAUGGAAUAUAUUCAUUAUCGAAAUUAGUAGAUUAUGUACCAAAGACUUCUGGAAUGAUUCACUUGUUUCUGUUUUCAGAAAAUUGCUCAACAUCUUAUGCAUAAA